AUGGACAGAGAUUAUGAGAUGGAGGUCCAAUUAAACUUUCAGACGCAACUGGUGGUGCUUUGCGCAUGCGCUGUGGCGCUGGGCGAGCCGUUUGGGCAGGCACUGCAUCGACGCAGUCGUUACGGAAUGUACAUGGACGAGUAUUCGCGUGACUUCGAGCCGUACUACUUCGCGGCCGUGCCACUGCACGCACCCGUGCCCGUACUGCGCGUGCUCAGCCCGGCGCCGCUGCAGGGGCGUGAGCGCACGCUCACAGCGUCCUCGCGGCACCAGCCACUGUACUCGCGUGCCCCAUAUCACGACGCCUCAUACGAAGUCGAAGCCUACGAGCCACCGCCGUACGACAGGUACGCGCCCGCUGCUAACCAGCUGAGCCAGUCGCCGCCGCUAUACGUGGCGACGGCGAGCAGCAGCGCAGCUGAGGAGCCGACCGUGCUGUACGCGCGGCCCACGGCGCAGGGCGGCUACACGUACCAUACGGUGCCCGCGCCGCUCCGGCCCGGGCCCGCCAAGCGCGCCCCGGCUACCGACUCCCCUUAUAUGAUAAGAGUGCACAAGUACAGGAUUGUCAAAGAACGGUAG